UAAAAAUAAAUGGAUCGGGAAAAGAGAAAAUAAAGUGAAGAUCAAAUGAUCUUGUUUAAUGUUUUUUAAUACAUUUUAAAAGUUUUAACUUUGUGAUUUUGUCAUAAAAGCUUUUUACAUAAUGGAUCGUGUUGAAGACGAUGGAAUAUUGUUAGAUUAUGUUAUAGUGAAGGAGGAAUAUGAAGUGCAAGAUUAUGAUCAAUACGAAUCAUACGAAUACAUUACAGGAGAUACAUCACAGGACUUCAAGAGCACAAUUGAAACAAUAGAAAACACAAAUACAUCACAGUAUAAAUGCUCAAUAUGUGAUAAAACAUUCAAAAAAUCAUUUGGUUUGAGUCAUCACAAGAAAAUUCACAUAAAAAGUCGAAAUUUCCUCUGUGCACACUGUCCGAAGAAUUUUGUGAGUAAAAGAUAUCUCGCCAGACAUCUCCAAAUUCACUUUGAAACAUUCUCAAUGGAAUGUGCAAUUUGCGGAAAAUUAUAUAAAACUAAAAAUGCAUUCAAUGCACAUAUGUGGCGACAUUUGAAGAGAUCACAUCAAUGUGGAAUUUGUAAAAAAGAUUUCUCGACUACAUCACACGUGAAGCGUCAUAUUCGAGAAGUGCACGAAAAAAUAAAUUCUAUACGAUGGUAUCAAUGUGGAAUUUGUGAAAAGAAUUUCACGACUUCGUCACACGUGAAGCGUCAUAUCCGAGAAGUUCACGAAAAAGUAAAGAGGCGCAGUGAAUUUAUAUCUCGUAAAAAAUUGAAAAAAAUUGAAAUAAAAUACGAAGAUGAGAAUUAAAAAUGUCAGAAUUUAUCCGUUUAUACAUUUGAUAUUUCUGUUUUUUACACUUUUAAUCAAUAAAACGUUUCUGUUUAUCGUCUCGACUUGAAAUCUGUCUCUAUUUUUUCCAAAAAACAUAAUAACAGAGUAAAUAAACCAUCACAAAACAUUA